AUUGUCACAUGUGGUUUUGCACCACACCACAUUGUUUUUCAUUAAAGAUAUUAUUAGUUCUAGUAAUAUUUUCUUAUAGGUCUUUAGUUGUAUUUAAAUUUGUUCAACUAACUUAGUUAAUUAUGGAUUUUGUACAUUUGUAUAAAAGUGCCGCCGAAACUAAUGUUAAAUUAAUAAAUACAGAGGACAAACUUGGGAAAUCAAAAAGAAAAAAAAUGAAAUCAAAUUUAGUAACACCUAACACAGAAGUUGAAAUGAAUACAGACGAGAACCAACCCAUGAACAAUGUUUCAAAUAAAAAGGCUAGAAAAAAAGACAAAGUGAAAUCAGCACAAGUCUAUAAUAAUUCGGAGAGUGUCAUUAAUACAGACAUGGGUGAAAUAAAACCCAAAAAAAGAAACAAGUCUGUUAGUUUUAUGCUGGAUGACAAGGAAGAGGUUGUUGUUAAAAAAACUAAGUCAGAUAUGACAGGUAAUCAUAAACAAAGUAUAAUUAAUAAUCAAAAUAACCCUAAAAAACAAAAAAAGAAUAAAAAGACUGGAGAGGGAGUAGAAAAUGAUGUUGAAAUAAAUAAGAAAAAUAUUCCAUCAAUUUCAAACUCACAUCAAACUACGAACUUGAAAAGGAACAUAUCAGAAAAAUUAGAUAAUGAAGAUAGUGAUCCUACAAAAAGGAAAGUAAACAAAAAAAUAAAGAAAAACUUCAAAGGUAAAGAAUUAGGUGAUAGCAAUAAUGUAAAUAUAAAUCUAAUAAAUAAAACUCAGGAAACAAAUGAAAACAAAAAAAUAAUGAAGCAAAAUAAAGAAAUCGAAGCAAAUGUUGGUACAAGCACAACUGAUAUCAAACCAUCAGUUGAAACGAAAAAGUCUAAGAAAAGAAAACACCUCAAAAGUGCACAAAAUAAUGAAACUGAAAUUGACCAAGAUGAGUCCAAAAUAAAUGAAAACAAACCUGAGGUCAUUGCAGAAGAUCUUGAAAACCUUAGUAUUGGAGAUAACACACACACCUUAUCAAACCUCCUUGAUGAAAUGACUGUAGUUGACAAAAAGAAACAAAAGAAAAACAAAAUUAAGAAAAAGAAAGACAAGCAACCAGCAGCAGAGGUUGAAGCUGAAAUUGAAGGAAGUAAACAGAAAGAGAUAUGGCAGAAAAAAAGAUGGAACAAAGGAAAGAAAGGAAAAGAUGACCCUGAUAAAGGCUUGCAUCCUGUAAAUGUAGAAAACUUACCUUUGAGUAUAAUUUUAAGCUAUAAGAAAUUGUUAGCUGAACAUUUUGCACAGUGCGGAACUGUACGUAGAGUUGGUAUUGCUCACAUAUACCCGUCUGAGAGUACCAAGCCAGUUUUCAACACAACAGUUUAUUUUGACAAUGCAGCUGAUGCUACAAAGGCAUUGGAAGAAGACAACUCGUCUUUCGAAGGCUCCACCAUCAGGGUGUUGCGACCAUUCCCUGCGACAGAGACAACUGCGGUGGUGCGCACUUAUGGCCCACUCUCCGAACAGAUCAUAAGCACCAUGUUCAGUAAUGUGGGACGUAUACGAAGAAUCAGACAUAUUAUCAAGGCAAAGAAAUCAAUGUCGACGGCGUUCGUGGAAUUGGACGAACCUGAGGCGGUGGAGCGCGCCAUCAAAAUGGCCGAAGAGGUCCGAGUCGGAGGCAAGAAGGUGCACGUGUCCAAGUUCCAGCUGCAGCAGAAGCCGAAGAAAGAUAAGAAAAAACAAAACGUAAUAGAUAAAGUUGAUGAAAAGAAAUCAUCAGAUAAUGAUGAUGAGGACAGUGACAAUUCAAAUGAUUAAGUGACAUUUUAUAAUCUAUUUUUUUACUGCAUUGUCGCAAUUCAGCUGGACAACAUUUCUUUAACUUUCUGUGUAAACUAUUUUGAAAAUGAUGAUAAUUUUGUGUUAUGAUUGUGACUUUUAUAUUGCGUUUGUACAAAUUAUGUACCUCUGA